GCGCUGGCCCGUCGCGGAGAGGACUGGAGGAUGGGCCGCUUGGCGCCGCGAUUGCUGCUCCUGUGUCUUUUCUGGGGCGCCUGGGAGCGCCUUCCGGGGGCCGACGCCGUCCGAAAGCGAGGACCAACCGUGACCGCUAAGGUUUUUUUUGAUAUACAGAUUGGUGACAGAAAUGCUGGAAGAAUUGUAAUCGGCUUAUUUGGAAAAGUAGUACCGAAGACAGUAGAAAACUUCAUUAAACUUGCAACUGGAGAGAAAGGAAUUGGUUAUAAAGGAAGCAAAUUUCAUCGCGUAAUCAAAGAUUUUAUGAUUCAAGGUGGUGACUUUACAGCUGGAGAUGGCACUGGAGGAAGAAGCAUCUACGGAGAUAGGUUUCCUGAUGAAAACUUCAAACUGAAGCACUAUGGCAUUGGUUGGGUCAGCAUGGCUAAUUCCGGCCCAGACACUAACGGCUCCCAGUUCUUCAUUGCUGUAACAAAGCCUGGCUGGUUAGAUGGAAAACAUGUAGUAUUUGGAAAAGUCAUUGAUGGAAUGUCCGUAGUACAUGAUAUUGAACUUCAGGCAACAGAUGACUAUGACCAGCCUCUUCAGGACUGUAUGAUCAUUAACAGUGGAAAAAUAGAUGUAAAAGAACCUUUUGUGGUUGAAGUAGAUGAUUGGAGAAGUUGACAGAAAUAGGAGCAACUGAGCUGCAAUCAUGUCUGGUUAUCAUUGUGUGAGGCUUCUAUCAGAAAAUACUUUGCAGCUGUACAACUUGACCUUGCAGGUAACAGAAAAUACGUGCGUAUUAAAUGAAGAAAUGCUAUGCUAUUGCCUUUCUAGGGUAAAACAUUUCAUAAGUGUUGAUUUAAAGAGAUUGACACGGAGAUGUUUUUACAGUAUAUACUACAAUUGUUUAUAGCCCCUUGUUCUUUGUUUAUUAGCAUUUGUCUUAUGAAUAUUUUUAAUGUCUUUGCAUAGUAAUUUUAAAACUGAACAAAAACCUUCCUAAUUCAACUGGCACUUCUUUAGCACAUAUUGUGUGGAUUUCCUAAUUUAUUAAUAUGAAAAUAGACAAGAAAGAAUUACUAUGUAAUUGAACAAAUUAUACUGACAUAACAAAUACCUUUCAACAAUACAUAGAUAUCAUUUAUUAAAAUACUUCAUUUCCAAUUUUGGUUUGAAUUUGUCAAAAUGCAAAAUAUGUCAUUAUUAUAGUUACAUAUUUUUAUAAUUUUAUCAUUUAAGUCUUGUUUACUUACCUUAUGUACAAAUAUUAAACUACCGGUGAAAACCACCUGUUUUAAGCAAUGCUCUAUUUUGUCAUGCAUAUUUUUUUACUAAUCCAGACCAAUUAGUUUUAAAAGAUGUAAAUAUAUUUUCAUUUUCUAUACCUAACACAAUAGUAAUAAUAUAAAUGAAGACAAGAGUAUCAUUUAUUGUCAUAAAUUAUUUUCCAUAUUUCUGCCCAUAUUCAUUACAGCUAACAAUAAGGAGAAAAACAUGAAUCUAUCACUAUUAAACCAAUUCAGAAUGAAAGGCUUGAUCAUAAAAGUCUAGACUUGUUUUAAGACAGUGGAAAAAUGUUGGGAUUGAACGAAACGGGGAAUUGAAUUUUAUUCAGCAUUGGAGAAAAUUCUCUCCUGGGUAACAGGCAAAUGGACUUCAAAAAAUGAAGGUAUUUUUAAGAAGUCUCUUCUUGACAGGUUCACAGUAUUUGGAGCCAAGGCAGGAAAGCUGCUUUGAAGAGGAUGUGAAUGUACUGUCUGCACCUGCUGUUGCCUCUCUGAGCAAUAAUAUCUACUGCUUGAUAAGGUUUGACAGUAUCGCUGACAGAGAAGAUGGAAAAUCCCCAAUGGCACAGGAAGUCAUUUUAACAUUGGUUAAAGUUCAUACCAGUGGCCAAUCUAACGCUGCCCCAAGAAUGAUCUGCCAGGACAACUGAGAGAUACGAAAACACCUUUGACUGCAACUGUAUUCGAAGGGGAUAACCAGAACAUGCUCUGCUAUGCCAACUACCCAUUGGCACAGAGUAAUAAUUGCUAUACUAGACAUGAAUCCCCCAUGUUAAACAGUGUAGUAUGUUACAGGUCCAUCCUCAAUAUUACCCAGCUACGGCACAAAUACUCAAAACUGACAAAGUGGUGGAUGGACAUAUGACCAACAAAUUAGCAUUUUUAGAGACGUGCAUUAUUUCACUGUGUUUUUGGUUUUAUUCUGAAUUUCACAUGUUGAGAAACAAUGUUCAUUUGCACAGUUGAUAGUAUAGACAAACCUUUGGGGAUGAAAUUAAAAUUGACAGAUUUUUAACAUACAUUUGGGCAGAAGCAUUAUUUUCAUUUUUUUCCUCUGGUCUGCUAAUGGUUUCUUAUUCUUAAAUUAUGUUAAUGUAUAUUGGUAUAGUUUUGAGUACAUUUUUUAUGUGCUUCCAUCUCAAACUUUCGGAAAAUUGCUCAAUUUUUAGCACAUAAAAUUAGGGGAAAUUCCAGGAGCUGUAAAAAGGAUAGUGAAGUUGAACUGCCCUUGGACUGGCUAAUUAUUUUUAUUAAUCAUGUUCAUUAUUAUUUCUAUUACAAAAGGUUAGACAUUAAAUUUUCAAAAUGAUAUUAAGCAUAGGCUAAUAAAAGCAUUGCACUUGAGUUUAUCACAUAAAUUAAAACUGAACCAAACUGCUAGAAUAUACCCAUCUCUAUUCCUAAAAUAAUACUCAUGUGAUAUAACAUCAGAAAUACUGAUACACUGAGCUUAUAUUGCAUCUCCAGUUUUGGUAGUUAUUUUUUAACUUACAUUUGUAGUCAUACAUGCUAUUAUAUUUUAUGUAUCCGCUGCCAGCAGUGGAUACAAUGCUGAGACAAAAGAAUUAGGAUAAUGAUUUAUCACCGACACAAAAAUUAUAAAUACAUGAUGAAAGUUAGUGUAAUUUGGCAUUUGUCAGCUGUUUUAAAAUUUAAGUAUUCAGAGUUUAGUAUACAGGCUCAACCGAGUAGCAUUUUCCCCCCAUUCAUAAUCUUGAAAAGCAGCCAUUUUUAG